UUCAGGUCUGAGACCAAAAAAGUUUCACAUUGAAAAAUCGAAAAGGCCCAAUUCGACCCAUCGAGACUCACAACUGAGUAACAAAAAAGAAAAAAAAAUUAAACAUUAAAAAAACGAAUUGAAAAAUCAAAAUCCCGUCAUCCCACGAUCGACUGAGGAAACCAAUUAAAUAAUUAUUUUAAAAAAUAAUUUAUAAAAUGUGUGUACGUACGUUAAUAUCGAACGAGGUGACAGAGGCUCCAAUGUGUCCUGUCAGUAAAUUCACUAAAGCAAAGGUGAAGUACAUGAAGGUGCACGAUGAAAUUAUCCAAAAGGAGAAAUUGCAAAUUGCACAAGUGACUGACAAAGUACUGGAGACAGGGACAUAUUCAUCGGGAAUUACUCCUGACAUUCUAGCUGAGAGCACGACUAUCUUCCGAAAGUGUCUGGAGAUCGUGGAGCGACAGGUGGACACGUGGAAGGAUUCCAAGACCUACAAAAUCCUCGUCGAGACGACUCAGCCAGCCCACGUGAUCGUGAUGAUUGCACUAUUGUCAUUGAUAUCAGCACUCAUCCCUACCUCAGAUAAAAUCACCAACGGCGGACCUCCAGGAUCGAGAAUCAUGUCCUUCAUGUACCUAAUGUUCGUCGCCAUGCAUUUUGGAUCGCAAAUAUGGAUGACAUUUGUUUCUGGUCUCUCCCUGUACUUCGCCCUUCCCCGCCACAACUUCGGCGAAGUCCAGCGGGUCCUAUUUCCCCGAUACUUCACGAUAAACGCCUGCCUGAGUCUCACAACUCUUCUGAUCUUCAUAAAGCACCACCCAACGCACACCUGGGACUCAGAAAUUGCUAUUCAAAUCUUUGGCAUGACGAUGGCCUUCUUCGUGGAGCUCCUGAUCCGCCUGUACAUGACUCCACCUCUUCUCCAGCUGAUGGUGCAGAAAAAUCUGAUCGAACGCGCUGCAGGGGUGGGCAAUGAAGUCGGGACUCACCAGCCACGUGCACUAAAACACUGUCCCCAUUAUUUAAAAAUUCAUGGAGCCUUCCGCAAGAUUCACGUCACCAUCGCCAUGGGCAACAUGACCACCAUGUGCUGUACUGUUCUCCAUCUCCAUUACAUCUCGAGUAAAUUAUGUGUUCUUUAGAAAAAAACUUGGAAAAAAAUUAUUUGAUGAUUGAAUUCAGUCCUGGAGCAGCGAAAAAUUAGUUUGAUGACGAUUACUUGAAUUAAUUUGAUUAUUUCGGAAGAUUUCACGAUUCUUCGCGAUUUUAAUUCACUGUAGAGUGAAUUUAAACAAAUCAGCUUUAUCAGGGUAAUUUUUUCGCUCGGGGUUAAAUGAAUUGAAAUGAUUUUACUGUCUUUUGCAGAACGCCUCAGAACGUAGGAGAGAUAGCGAAAAUCCUUUUUGAUCUGGAGAACAUGGUCGGCAAAUGGUUUUCAGUGGAAUUUCUGUUAUCUCUGCCACAUUCUGAGGUACAGUCCAAUUGAGAUUGUGUCGAAAUUAAUUCAAAUGAUUUUCUCCUUUCACUACUGCACUGGAUGUGAAUUAUUUCCAUUAUGUAAAUAGAGGUCCAUCGAACCUCGAUGACUCUGCAGAGCAAGAUAAUUGAUGAAGAAUUGGAAUUAUUGGGGUUUUUGUUGAGAUCUGUUGAGUUUUCGCCUUAAAUUAUUGAAAGAAAAACUGGAAAAAUUAAUGAAAGGAAAUUAUUACUUGGACUCCUAUUGGAUUCCGUUUGGAGUUUUUUUUUCUGGGACUAGUCAUUUCUUUAUUGCCUACCAUUAUCCAUUUGUUGGAGAAUCUCUAACACUGAUUGAAAAACAAUCCAAAUCGAUUUUAAUUGAUAAAAAAAUUCAUGAGAAAGGAAGUAAUUCCAGAACUUUUACCAUAAAUUCAUAUCUAGUCCCAGAGGAUAAUUGAUAAUUAAAUGAGGUAUUGAUUAUUGAUACAGGAACAGAUCCUUAGCCUGUCGUCGCCUUGUCUCAGAGCUUCUUGCAGGAUGAUUGAUAAUCUUGCAUCAUUUUAUUUCAAGUACUCUCAGUAUUAUCUACUGAAAACGAACGCUUAUCAACGCUCGUAGACUUGUGUACUUCUGUGAAAUAUUGUUAAUACUGAUUGACAAGGCCUUGAUACAGCCGUUUUAAAUUAUUAAGCUCUAGGAAAAUUUUUUGAUGGCUUGCUCUCCAUCAGAGUUGAUGAUUCUUAGUGAUUUAUUCUUAGUAUUAGUAUCAGAAGACUGACUGAAAGUCUUCUCGCUCAGUUUCGAUGGAACUUAGCGGAUAGUCUCUGUUAGUCUAACCAAUAGAUGAUUGUAUUUAAUAAUCCAUUACUAGAUGACUGUAUUUUAUUUAUAAUACCCAUUUGUCAUUGGUUUAUUGUAUAUAGAAUCAUCUGUCAUUUUUUCUUCAUUCGAAAAUUUUUCGUUGCUGUCUUCUGGAGAACAAAUUUCAAUCGACGAAAUCUUUUAAUUGUUCAUAUUUUUUAUUGCUUGAGUACAUGGCAGUCGAUGGAAAAAAAAAAUCAUAGUAUCAUUCUGAUAAAUUUAUGAGUACGCCGAGGUAAUAAUAAAAAAAGAAUAUGACUUGAUAUUCA